AGAAUGGAUGGAAUUGCAGCCAGAAAUCUCAAAACAAGAUCUGAUCGAGACAAUCGAUUCACUGGCAUAGGAAUGUUAUCAGUCUUUUGAAUCUCACUGGAAAUUUUAUUUCUCUUCUAUCCUGUCUGAUUUGAAAUGUUUCAAACUUCAGUAAGACUGAAGUACACAGACCUCAGUGAGCGUGUACCAGUGAACUGACUGUGGGAAGAGCUUUAAGCGGGUACAAAGUCUGAAAUAGCAACAUCCCGUUCACAGCAGCAAGACAUAGAACACCUUCCAUUUGUGAAUGGUCCUUCAACUGAUUGUCAACACUAGAAGACGGUGGGGAUUCCCACGUGAUGGAGAAACCGUGGAAAUGUGGAGACUGCGGGAAGGAAUUCAAAUUCCCAUGCUUGCUUGAAAGCCAUCGCCGCCAUCACACUGGGGAGAGGUCGUUCACCUGCUCUGUGUGGGAAGGGGUUUACCCAUUCAUCCGCCCUAGUGACCCACCAGCGGGUCCAUACGGGGGAGAGGCCUUUCACAUGCAAUUUGUGUGGGAAGGCGUUCGUUCAGUUAUCCACCCUGCAUAGUCACCAGCGGGUCCACUCUAGGGAGAAGCCUGCUCUGUGUGUGGGAAGGCGUUCAACCAGUCUUCCAACCUCCAGAGUCACCAGCGGGUCCACACCGGGGAGAAGCCGUACACCUGCUCUGUCUGCGGGAAGGCGUUCGUUCAGUUAUCCACCUGGUGACCCACCGGCGGAUUCACACUGGGGAGAGGCCGUUCACCUGCUCCAUGUGCGAGAAGGCGUUCACCCAGUCUUCUGCCUUGCUGACCCACCAGCGAGUCCACACCGGGGAGAGGCCUUUCUCCUGCUCAGUGUGCGGGCAGGUAUUCACACGGUCCUCUGCCUUGAUGAACCACCAGCGGGUCCACACCGGGGAGAGGCCGUUCACCUGCUCUGUGUGUGGUAAGCACUUCAGCGAUUCAUCCACCCUGUGGCGACACCGGUGGGUCCACACCAGGGAGAGGCCGUUCACCUGCUCCAUGUGCGGGGAGGGCUUCAUUGAUUCGUCUUCUCUGCGGAGACACCAGUGGGUCCACACCGGGGAGAGGCCGUUCACCUGCUCAGUGUGUGGGAAGGGGUUCAUUGAUUGGUCUUCCCUGCGGAGACACCAGCCUAUCCACACUGGGGAGAGACCGUUCACCUGCCCCGAGUGCGGGAAGGGAUUCAGUCAGUCAUGCCAUCUGCUCAGACACCAAUCCAGUCACACUGAGUAGUGAACAUUUGGAUGCUUUGUGGGCGUUACUUGUCUUAAUAUUCAAGAGCUGAAAAUGUGUUGCUGGAAAAGCGCAGCAGGUCAGGC